UUUUUUUAGAUCUGCGCACAAGCACGGGGUCCCUUCACUUCCGGGGGGGUCGCAAGCGGACCCGACUGGAUGCUAAAUACGUAGGCCAGGAGACGCCAGCGCACACGAAAAUACCAGGUCCCGCGAGCAUGGCGACCCGUCAAUCCGCGUAGCCAUGUGAACGGUAUAAGAAGCGCGAAUGGUUAAGACUCCGAGGCAGACAGUAGGUGGAACCAUGGCAGAGACGCGUCGACCAUCAAACCCCCAGCAGGCCUCAAGAACGUUCUGUAUUUUGUGCCGAGAGUCCUAUGAUACUGACAAUGCACAGGAACAUGUGCACGGUAUGCUGCAUCACAGAGAGCUGGAGAUUGUGUUGGGCAGGGAUUCACCCCAUGAGUGCCUAGCAUGUAAGGAAUCCUCCAUGAGUUUGAGUGAGUAUGCCCAGCACAUCUCCACUACACAACACAAAUCCAAUUUGAGCAACCUCAUUUUGAGCUCUGUUAAGCCUGUUUCUCUGCAUAAGACUCUGGGCAAGGAGAUCUUCAACAAAAUCUCUGAGAGAAACAAGAACCUAAAGAGGGCGCGAAAAAUGGAAAAUAAGAAGGAACAAAGGAGAAUGAAGUGGCAAGCUGAUCAGAAACGCAUACAAAUGCGACAUAAAAUGUCAAAACAAACACCGGGGGCAUCCAGGCAGAAACAAUCCAAACAAGUGAACCGGAUGGCGUCAAAAAUGCAAAGGCAAACUGAGCACAGAGGAAAUGGCCAGGCCAUUGUAAACAAGGAGAACAGACUGAGAGUCGGUUUUGGUUGGCUGCCCCAAAGUCAAUGUGACAAACAGCCUUGGUUCCACAAAGUUUAUCACAACUUGUCAGUUAACUCCAACAUGUUUGACUUUGACAAACGGUUUAACCAAGGCCAUUUUGGUUACUGUCAAACGGACAGACUUGAUAAAACACCCUGGGAUGCUCAAGGAAGUGGCAGUAAUGCGCCACAAAACUCAGCAAGGUCUAAUGUCAACCAGCAUGAAGAAUACUACUAUUGGCACCAGAAUGAUGUAACAGAUCAAGAAUUGCUCAAUGAUGAGCUCCCCAAGAAUGGAGCGAUAAGCUUUGAUAAGCAAGACAAGAGUAAAGGAUAUUCUCAGGCGUGUCCAGGACAAAGUCCUCACUGUUCAAAUACCACAAAUUCAGCCUCAACCUCAAAAUGCAUGGACCUAUCCAAAGACUUUGAACCCAUACGAGAUGCUGACAUCAAUGCAAUGCUUUGGCAAAUCAGGAGGACGCUCGGUGUGAGGGAACCAUGUAGAGCUGAUCGUGUUGCCCGAAGUCAGAGGCAGAGCAACAAGACAGAUGCCAGUGAGGGUGAACAUGGCGCUGAGCAACAGAGGACACUCGGUCUAAGGGAACCAUAUACAGCCGAUCAUGUUGCUCAAAGUCAGAUGCUGAGCAACGAGACCGGUGCUGGUGAGGGUGAACAUGGCACUGAGAAACAGAGGACACUCGGUGUGAGGGAACCAUGUAAAGUUGAUCGUGUUGCCCGAAAUCAGAGGCUGAGCAACAAGGCAGGUGCUGGUGAGGGUAAACAUGGCACUGAGCAACAGAGGAAACUUGGUGUGAGGGUACCAUGUAUAGCGGAUCGUGUUGCCCGAAGUCAGAGGCUGAAUAUCAAGACGGCUGCCAGUGAGGGUAAACAUGGCAGUGAGCAACAGAGGAAACUCGGUGUGAGGGUACCAUGUAUAGCUGAUUGUGUUGCUCGAAGUCAGAGGCUGAGCAUCAAGACAGGUGCCGGUGAGGGUAAACAUGGCACUGAGCAACAGAGGAAACUCGGUGUGAGGGCACCAUGUAUAGCUGAUCGUGUUGCCCGAAGUCAGAGGCUGAGCAUCAAGACAGGUGCCGGUGAGGGUAAACAUGGCACUGAGCAACAGAGGAAACUCGGUGUGAGGACACCAUGUAUAGCUGAUCGUGUUGCCCGAAGUCAGAGGCUGAGCAACAAGACAGGUGCCGGUGAGGGUAAACUUGGCACUGAGCAACAGAGGACAGAGAGACAUCUUCCAUUUAGGCGCUCACUUGGCAACAAGCACUCCGAUAGGGCCGCAUCACCCCACAUCAUCUCCAGAGCAGCUUCUGAUCAAUCCUCUAAAACCAUUGAACAGGGAGUAUUCAGAAUGGCAGUUGAAGACAAACAGCAGUCCACAGGGCGUUCAGAGAUCUCCUGCAACUUGGAUACACAAAAAAAUGCAAAGGAUGGAGAAUCUCAAGCAGGGUCUACUUCAUCCAAAGUUGGCAGCUUGGUACUGCCGGCCUCACUCAAUCGAUGCAUGGGCAAGACCACAUCUGCAGAGCCCAAUCUGAACACUGCCCGCAGGAUCCGAAAUGUCAGUGAUUCACGUAAAGCAGACGGGGAGAAGGAGGCAGGGUUUAAACCGACUCUCCAGAAGCUAAUUAAUUUGUCAGCCCCCCAGAGGAAGGUUAACUGGAGAGAGAUGUACCAGGAGGUUAAAAAGAAGCGACGGGAGAAGGUCAAAGGCAUGCCCAGGUUUGGGAUUGAGCUGAUUAACCCUCAGUCUGAGCGAGAUGACCCACCAGAAGAUGAAGACCUUCCUCUAUCAGAGGGCUUCCAUUGGGAGUCGGCAUUUCCUGAUAAUUCCCCACCUGCACCCUGUCCCCCAGCCCCUCCACCCCAGGAUACAACAGCUAAUGAUUCCAUCCCAGAAAGACAGUCAGCAUCAAGGACGCAGGAGCAUUUUGAACUGCCUGCUAAAGCUCUGGAAGAUGACAAGAACAUGCUGGUCAUCCCUACAGUCUCUAUAAAAGUGGAGCCAGACUUUGAAGAGAGCAGAAACGGAACAGGAGGCAACACCAACGGUCCAAAAAAGAGGAAGAGUAAAGAGGAUGAUGGCAUUUCUAAGGUAGAACCAAGUGGGAAAAAGAAAAAAUCAAAAAAGGACCAGACCCAAGUGGACCAGCUCUUGGCAGUGUCUCUAAGAGAGGAGGAGCUGAGCCAGUCUCUGAAGGAUUUGGACGGCAAUCUGAUUCUGACUCGCAAUGCCUUGCAAGCCGCAUACAACGAAGUUCAAAGACUACUACUGCUCAGGCAACAGUUUAUUGCUGAGGUCAACAGUCUGAGAGCCAAGCGUAUUGAGAUCCUGCAGGGGAUGCAAGAUGGGUUUUCUGGGACAUCUGGCUUAGCACAGGAAGCUGGUGCUCUGGCAGCGGUGGCUGUAGCAGCCACAUCACCAAGAUCCCCUUCUCUCCCCUCAUCCAGUUGCUAUACUACCCCAUCCCUGGCUGCCGCAUCUGAUGCUUCCACAAGCCUUAAUACCUUCCCGACAAACAAGCCCAUAAAGCAAGAACCGCUUGAACAGUUCCCGGGGGAACAAGCCCACCAGCCUGCCAAAAUGCCCCCUUGCACCAAUGCUGCUCCUAAGAUACCCAGCAGUGGAGUUCUCCCACUGCUUUCCUCUGUUCUUCUCCCCAGUUUGCUGCUCACACCCUCAAACCCAGUCUCCACCUCACCCAAACCUGAAGUUGGAGCAGACGGCUCCACAUCUUCCAUCAAGCAAUUUGAACAGCAGAUGAGGGAGAGGUUGAAGGAUGGGGAAAAGAAUGUGGUGGUGAAGGAGAAAGGAAUAAUGUCGUUAAAGGAAGAAGUGCAGCCAACGGAUAGAUAUCCUGAAGCAGAACAGGGCGGUCAUCCCAGUGCGGAACAGGUUAGGGUGAGAGGCAGAGCCGCCACCAUUUUGGCCCCUGAAAAAGGGCAAGAAGAGCCUGUUGCAGCACAGGAUUCGGCCAGAGGCAGUGAGAGUGAUAGCUCUAUAGAAAUGAUGGAGCCCUCCUCGAGAUCCAUCCAGACCAUUGACAUUGAGGAAUCGGACAAAGAAGGCUUACCUGAGCCUGUUUCUAAUAUUGCCAUCCCUCCCGAGCUUGUCCAGACAUCUGUUUGUGUGGACUUCAAUUCCACUUGUUCCCAGACCGUGAAGUUUGAGAAAGAUGACCCUUGCAGAAAAAUUCUAUGUCCAACUAUUUCAAAUAAAGUUUCCAAAAUUGAUCCAGAGUCUGUGGCUGAUGUGGAACCAUCCUUGGGGGCCUUUCAAGACCAUGAAGGCCCAGUCCAUGGCAUGCAAGUCCACAACGGUCUGCUCUAUACAUGCUCAGCGGAUACCACAGCACGAGCCUACUGUCUUGUGAGCAGGGAAUGCAAAGCAGUGUUUGAAGGUCACACAAAUAAGGUCAACUGUCUUCUGGUGUCCUCCCCCCCUCAAAUGCCAGCACGCCUCUACACCGGGUCUAGUGACAAGACUAUCCGCUGUUACAGCAUAAAGUCAUCAAAGUGCCUGGAGCAAAUCUCUCUGCCCGACAAGGUGCUGUGUUUGCACAUAGCCUGGAACAUUCUGUAUGCGGGGCUGGCCAACGGAUCAGUAGUUAGCUUUGACUUGAAGACUCAGAAGCAGCUGGAUGUGUUUGAGUGUCACAACCCGCGAGGUGUGAGCUGCCUCGGUACGGCCCAAGAGGGGGCCCGCCGGAUCCUGUUGGUCGGCUCUUACGACAGCACCAUCAGUGUGCGUGACGCCAAGAGCGGCCUGCUGCUGCGCUCGCUGAAGGGCCACACCAAGACCGUUCUCUGUAUGACGACUGUGAACGAUCUGGUCUUCAGCGGCUCCAGUGACCUGUCUGUUUAUGCCCAUAACAUCCAUACAGGUGAGCUGAUGCGCAUCUAUAAGGGUUAUGGUCAUACUGUCACAUCAAUUGCCGUCUUGGGGAAGGUGAUGGUGACAGCCAGUCUGGACAAACUAGUGCACGUCUGUGACUUGCAGUCACAUGACCAUGUUCAGGUGUACGGGGGCCAUAGUGAUAUGGUGAUGUCCAUGGUCAUCCACAAGAGCGUGAUCUACACAGGAUGUUGUGAUGGGAGUAUUCAAGCAGUGAAGCUCAACCUGAUGAAGAACUACCGCUGCUGGUGGCACGGCUGCACUCUUGUCUUUGGGAUGAUGGAGCACCUUUUGCAUCACCUGGUGGGCGACCACACCAACCUUAACCUGCAGACAGUCAGGUGUCGCUGGAGAGGCUGCAGUGAUUAUUUUGCUACACAAGACUCUGUCAAGCAGGAGCUGCCUGGACACAUGCUGAGCCAUGUGGAGCAUGACAGCAAGCUGGAGCCAAGACCGGAGGUGCAAGGAUGAGGGAGGCUGCACCCCAGCUAAGCAUCCGUUUUAUUCAGGGAUGUCCUUUUACUAUUCAUCACCAGGCUCUUUUAAAUGCCCCCCCCCCCCCACAACUCACAGACCUUUUUGAGUAUUAACAAAAGAUUCCCGCUGGCGUGCUUUUUUUUGUGUAUGUUUGUCACAUAGCUGGAACUACGACUAAUCACGAUCUAUGCCAAAGACACAAGUAGGUUAGAUACAAGUAGAGGCAACUGGAGCUGUUUUUGUUCAUCUGUCAGAGCCGUUACGAAGGAUGGUGUUUGCUACUUCCCGGUAUCGAUCUUCAAAAGCCACACCCAGAACUGGUCAUCUAAAUUAAACACAACCUGGUGCCUUGUGUUAUUAUCCACUAUUUUAUUAUUGUUUAAUAAACCAUUAUGGGGCAGUUUUCAGACAAGUCGUGAAGUUUGUUGAUGGGUUGUGAACUGUGUUGGUCUAGCUUUUCCGUAACUGGACCGUCUUUAAGGUAAUUGCCCCGAGUGCAAACGGGGCAUUUUGGAUGGGGUGACUUGACAGGCUGCUCAUUUAUUAUUAAAGCCUUAAUUUCUACAUAGGCAGUGCUGCGUUGUGGGUGUGGCUUUUGCAUGACGAUGCUGUAAAAUCCUCAAAAGCAAAACUUUUUUUUCUAGAUGUUUCUAGAAGUUUAGAUGUUUUUUCUAGAUGGCUAGAUAUUUCUCUGAAGCUAAAGUUACUCGUCACUUUUUCCCAUUCCAAUCUUUUGUGAGCUAACUCCCCCCCCCCCCACCGCUAGUGACGCAGCAGAAAAGAGUGCCACUACUCGAACCAGGUAUCUGUACAGUGUAUGAUGUUCACGUGAUGUGGGAUAGUCAGUAUAUCACAACACGGGGAGGAGAACGUCUCUCGGAAAGCUAGAAACGAAAAGACGAGGCUUGUAAUCAGUGAAGCGGCUGCAGAAAUGGUGUCUGCCUGACAAGUAACCAGACUUUCUUUGACUCUCGCACCCUAAGGUUUUAACGCGCACUCUCAAUAAGUGUGGAGGGAAGAAAGGCGCCAUCCACGAUUCAAGUUCUCCAACAUUUGCCUUAUCAUUAGAUGCAGCCAAGGCAUUCGAUUGUGUCGACUGUGAUGGCGUGGCGGCUUGUCCAGGGUGUCUCCCCGCCUGCCAGCCCAAUGACUGCUGGGAUAGGCUCCAGCAUCCCCGCAACCCUGAGAGCAGGAUAAGCAGUUUGGGUAAUGGAUUGAUGGAUGGGCGGCAUCUUUAUGAAAUCAGCAAAAGUUUUGUCCCCCGCCCCCCCCAAUGGUUGGUUUUCCGUGCCCCUGCUACAAACUUUCACCAAGACAGAUAUUGUGGGACUUGUAGUCAGAUUGCCACCUGUAAAAAUUGAAAAUGGUCUUACACAGAAGUGAUUACAGUGUAUGAAUAUAACAGAAAUAUUUGCCUGUAUACAGCAAGCAUAAAGCUACAGCAGGGUGACACACUACUGGAGAGUUUUGUUGAAAGUUUUCAACCGGUUGUUGGAAUAGAUGUUGAGUUUUGUUAAAGCGGAAUUUACAUAUUAAAGAUUGUCAUGCCCGCCCUUUCCAAGUGAACAGCUUUUUUUGAUUGAAUGUUGUUUUUGAGUGGACCAUUACCCACAUGAGAUUUCCUGAUUUCAUUUGAACAGGGAGCGGUCCAUAACGCCUUGCGACCGCAGAACAUUCCCACCGCCAGACUCACACACUUGAGAAAUUAAUGAGUCAUUCGCUUUGCUGCGUUAUAGGUUUGACCUUUGGAGUCCAGAGUCCCAAACUAAGGAUAAGUAAGAUGACCUGCAGAGUCAUCUUGACUCAUGAGAUAAUGCUUUGCACACUAGCUAGGUGUUAGUUUUCACAUUUGUGCCAUCAACCAUGAACAAAGACAUCUUCAUCUUCUUACUCCUCUUCCCCUAUUGGGAGAACACUAUGGGGCAAUGUCACUGUCUGCUUCUCCAUUUUGGUGAAACAAAAAUUAUGGGAUUGCUCAAACUUGUAUCUUUUUGGGCAAAAUAAUGACUUCACAAAUGAAAACUGAACUGUCCAAGGGUAUAAGAAUAACCUGUAUAAAAGCUGGAA